UGACACGAGGACCGCAGGACUACGCGAUUAACAACUUUACUGGAUUGAUGUCAUGUGUGUUUUCCUGGGGAAUAUUUAUAUGUAUUUCAGCAGAUCGUGAAUGAGGGAAGAAUGAGAUUGUGCAGGAGCAGUAUGGAGUGCUCUUGGAAGACUCUAUUGCUGCUGGUGUGCACAUCCUUAGGGGUGCAGUACACUGCCAUCCGCUCCCUCCGUGACUCCUUCGGUGGCCCAUGCCAAGACUCCGCCCACUGCCAAGGACACCAGGGUAAAGAGCAGAGAUUGAAAAAUCUGUGCGAUGACAUUCGUGUCCCUGCUGAAACUAAUGCUGCUCGGAAACACAUCCUUCUAUUUGCGCAAACUCGUAGUGGCUCAUCCUUUACUGGACAGCUUUUCAAUCAGCACCCAGCCAUCUUUUAUGUUUUCGAGCCACUCUACCAUGUCCAGCAGGCCUUCACCAAUUCUAGUAGUCGCCUGCAAAGGACUUUGGAUGGUAGAGCUCUUUUGGGGGCCUACAGAGAUCUCCUUCUCAAUCUCUACAACUGUGACUUCAACUUCCUGGAGAGUUACAUUCGCCCUGAACCACAGGAUCACAUGACUGGAGCCUUUUUCCGACGCAGCUCAAGCCACGCCCUCUGCACACCCCCUGUCUGCUUGGAAGGAAGUGAUGAGAUCCUAGGAGGCCAACCGGAUGAAGCCUGGUGUCCUAAAAAGUGCCAAGCCUUGAACCUCACUCUGGCCUCUCAGGCUUGCCAAGCACAGAACCACGUGGCCAUCAAGACAGUUCGUAUCCCCGAGGUAGGAGAUCUACGUACGCUGUCAGAAGACCCCCGUUUAGAUUUGAGAAUUGUACACUUGGUGAGGGACCCCCGAGCCAUUCUUGCCUCACGCAUGACUGCUUUUGCGGGUAAAUUCAGGGCCUGGAAGAUCUGGAAUGCCACUGGCCGCCAACCACGGUACGUGGACCUGACACCAAUAACGAGAACAUGCAGAGAUAUAGAGUAUUCAGUGGAGACUGGCCUGCAGAACCCAAUGUGGCUGAGGGGGAGGUAUCUUUUGGUGCGCUAUGAAGACUUGGCCGUGAAUCCGGAGGAAAAAGCCAAGGAGAUCUACAGAUUCCUGGGGAUGGACUUGCAUCAAAGAGUGCUCACAUGGAUUGCAAAUAACACCAAUGGCGCUGCCCCAUCUUCUUCAGAUUGGAACUACAAAUACUCUACCAAAAGAGACUCUAAAGCCACAGCUCAAAGCUGGAGGGUGCAUCUAAACUUUGAUAUUGUUAAAACAGUUCAAUCUCUAUGUAACAGAACUCUUGCCUUGCUAGGCUAUAAGUUAUUCCAUUCCAUUGAUGAACUAAGGAAUGUAACAAAGAGUUUAAUGGAGCCUAGGACAUAGUGAAUGAACCUUUAAGUGAACUACUUAGAUUUCACAACAAAUUAUUUUUGGCUACAUAUAAUAUUGUGUUUAAUUGCAUUUCAUAUUUCUCAUCAUAGUGUUGGCAUGGUGGCUCAGUGGGUAGCACUGUCACCUCACAGUAAAAAGGUCCCCAGUUUGAGUCCCGGCUCACCCUGGGGCUUUCUGUUUGGAGUUUGAAUGUUCUCCCUGUGUUCACGUGAGUCUUCUUCCGGGUGCUUCGGUUUCCCCCACGGUGCAAAAACAUGCAGGUUAUGUGAACUGGGAACUCUAAAUUGCCCGUAGGUGAGAGUGUGAAUGUGUAUAUCUGUGUGUGUUAGCUCUGUGAUGGACUGACCACCUGUUCAUGGUGUUUCCCUGCAAACCUACAUAGGGCAAGUGGCUAUAGAAGAUGGACAGAUGGAUUUCUUAGCUUGUUCUCAUAACAUGAAUACUAGUUGUCAGGGCCGCGUUUCGCCUUCAUGGGGCCUGGGGCUAACGCACCCCUACCAUGUGUGACUCCUUUAUGAAUCCUACUAUGGCAAAGGCUUACUUGUGAAUAGUGAUUAUCAGUGGCGUCUCAGGGUCAUUAUUUAGUGUGGGGCACAAACAAUCACUUAACAAUCAAUUAUUUUACCUGCUCUUUGAAACAUUGUCGAAUAAUUCCAAAUUCUGUCUGAUAAAAAAGAAACAAGAAAAACAUUUUAUCCUAGUGCAUUAGUUUUGACUUCACUCUUUGUCCCUCACAUUCCCGCUGUGCAUGUGCCCAGUUUAUUCCCUGGUAUUAAUAUGCGUAUUAGAUGCGUAAUAACUGGCGCUAUCAUCAUUUACACCUGGUAUUGUGCGUCUCUUUUGUGUUUAGAUUUUGAGUAGAAGGGUAUCAGAUUUCAUGUCUGCCUACAUCAAUCAUUACUUCAGUGUGUUUAUGUAUGAUAAUAAAGCGUAAACUGCAUUAUA